AUGGAAGAAGAAAUCUCCAUUGCAAUCAAGCAGAAAUCGAUUUCUUCUCUUGAAAAUAAGCUCCAGUUACUGAGAACAGCCUUAAAUGGUAUUAAUGCGAGAAAUACAGAGCUUCAAUCAAUGCCUCCUCUUCAAAGGCUUGAUCUCACUUUAAACCAGCCAAAUAUUCUAAACAAUACUCAUCUGAUUGAAGAAAACUUUAGAGCUAAUACAAGAUAUCAGAAAGCAAAGCAGCAACUCAGUAAUAUGCAAAAAGCCAAUGAACAACUCGACAUAAGGAUCCAAAAAGCUCAGCAAUUACUGAAUCAAGAGCGUGGAGAAGCAAAGCUUAGGAAUGUUGCUUUACUAUCUCCAACAGCUGCUAAACUUUUAUCGAAAAAUGGAGAUUUAAACAAAAUUCCGCAGCAAAAUCAAAUGGUUCGCCAAGCAAUCGAAGUAACACAUCUUACCGAACAAAUUAAUGCUAUCGAGCAGCUUAAGAACGGCGCACAGCCAAAACCUCUUGGAGUUUUAUCAAUUAACUUUGAUCAGUUGAUUCAGCAAGAAAAUAGUAAACUACAGAGAUUGAUUGCUGAAAAGGAUGAAGCCUCCAACAAAUUUGUCCGUUCUAUUGAAUUCUAUUUAGAAAAAUCAAAUAAAUUCGAAGAUGCACAGCAAUCUCACGCUAUGUACGCACAAUCAUUUAAGAAAUUCCAAAAAUCAUACAAUACAGCAACAGAUAACAUCGAAUCUUUACCAUUCCACGCUUUAUUAAAUAUUCUUAAAAAUGAAUCCACUAAAUCUACUGUAAAUAACUUAAACGAUGUUAUUGACUCACUCCAUAAGGAGUGUAAGGUCAUUGAAUAUCGAUUAGAGAAGAUGGGCGUUGAUGAUCAAGAAUCAUCAGAACUCAAACACAAAAUCAAGGUCCAACUACUCUACUUGUCACAUAUUACAGCCAUUGCUGAGAAAGCUCUCUGUAAAAUGAGUGCCCGCAAACCUCCUUUAGAUCCACUGGAAACACUGCAGAUAGACAUCUCAGAAAUGGAGCAGCUUGUUGUUGAUAAAUAA